CAAUUCACCACAGCUUGGUCUCUGCGAAAUGAAAAUGUCAAUUGUAUUCUGAUUGCUCCCAGAUCACUUGAUCAACUAUACUCUCAACUCAACACAAUUAAGUUAAUAAGCAAGCUGACUCCAGCGAUUCUGGAAGAAGUGGAAAAGGUUCUUGACAACCGACCAAUGGCGCGGAAAAUCGUUCCAAGUGGAUCAGUACAUGUAUCAUUAGCACCAAAUGGAUGUGAAAAUGGUGUUAGUACAAGUCAAAGAGAAUCUGCAACUAAUUUAUAAUCCGAUUCAUCAUUCAAGUUUCAUUCAAUUCCUGUUCCUGCUCGAAAAUCAUUUUAUUGAAUUCCAUCUCAACAUUCGUUUGUUUUGUUCAUUUAAAUUUCUUGUUAUCUUGUCUCUAAGCAACUUGCUUGGAAACGUCCAGAAAAAGGCGGAUAUUAGGGUAGGUUGAACUGUGCGCCUCUCAAAUUUUUGAAUUUAUCCGCUAGGUUUUCACGCAGUUUCCUUAUUCAAACGUCUUUUCGGUUUGUUUUAGUUUAAAACUACUCCUUUUGUUAAACACACUUUAAAAAUCGAAACAUCUAAAAUUUUAAAAUACCUUAAAAAUGUCCAAAUACACAAAUGUAUCGCUUCUUGACUCGUUUGUCAAUUUAAAUCUUACUGACUCGAUUUGUAAUAAAUCACUAUCAGCUCCAGUAGCUUCAACCGCUAAAACUCCAUGUAAAACGCCGGGAAAAAAGUCAAACUUUAAAACCCCCAAAGUGACUCCAUCAGCUAUGAAUAACACUCUUAAAACUCCUGGUAGCCCGACUUCAGCAGCAGACCGGUACAUUCCAAACCGAAAUGCAAUGAAUUUUGAAAUAAAUCAUCAUUUGUUAACUCAGGGGGACAAAACAACCAAAGAAAAUGAUGGUGAACCCGUAAAAGACACUACAAUUAAUCAAUCAACUAAACAACAAGCAAUUAGCGAGGCGCUCAAUUGUGAUUUAAAUAACCAUCGCAUAUUAUGUUUCAAUGACAAGGCUCCAUUAGCUCCAGAAGGCCAUGCUAACAGUCUUAAAGUUCUUUAUAGCUCUAGUAAAAUAUCAAAUUCUUGUAAAAAAUCUAACAGACAUAUACCAUCUCAACCCGAGCGAAUUUUAGAUGCUCCUGAUAUUAAAAACGAUUACUAUCUUCAAUUAUUGGACUGGAACAGUAACAAUUUACUGGCUGUCGCCCUUGACAAAGAUCUUUACUUAUGGAACGCAUCAAAUGGUUCAAUUACUAAACUUGUUGGCUUACCUGAAGGUGAAUACAUCUCAUCUGUGGCAUGGUUUGAUGGAUUUAAUAAUCUUGCCGUUGGUACAAGUAACCGUGAAGUUCAGUUGUGGGACGCCGAACAACAGAAAAGACUUAGAAUAAUGCAAGGACACACGGCCCGUGUAUCUACCUUGGCAUGGAAUAGUCAUGUGCUGAGCAGUGGAUCACGCAAUGGUCAAAUCUUUCAUCAUGACGUGCGAGUCGCUCAACAUCAUAUCGGAACUUUGAAUGGACAUGAACAAGAGGUUUGCGGGCUCAAGUGGUCAUCUGGAGGCAAUUAUUUAGCUUCUGGAGGCAAUGACAAUGUAGUUAACAUAUGGAGCAAAGAUCCUGGAAAUGAUCGACCACUUUACACUUUCAACUCUCACACAGCUGCUGUCAAGGCACUUGCUUGGAGUCCAUGGAAACCCAAUCUUUUGGCUACAGGAGGUGGUACUGCUGAUCGACACAUUAAGAUUUGGAAUGUCAACAACGGCUCAUGCCUUUAUUCUGUAGAUGCUAAAUCUCAGGUCUGUGCUAUACUUUGGUCUAAAGAGUAUCAAGAACUUAUUUCUGCCCAUGGUUAUUCAAAGAAUGAGUUAAUAGUAUGGAAAUAUCCAGGAGUCUCUAAAAUUACUGAACUCAGAGGUCACACUCAAAGGAUAUUAGGACUUUCCAUGAGCCCUGAUGGCUCAACGGUUGUCUCUUUAAGUGCCGACGAGACUUUAAGGUUCUGGGAAUGCUUCCAGGUCGACAAUGAAAAGAAGAAGAAGGCAGAACUUAAGGCUUAUAAGGAUAUACUUGUUAACAAUCCAUUGAGAAGCAGCAUUCGUUAAAUGAUUGAAUUCAGAAAUUCAUUUGCGAUAGUUGCAAAAUUUUAAUUAUGAACUUUAAAUUAUUCUUAAAAACCUCCAUAAACACGACUAUUUUCAUCAUCAUCAUAAACUUAGGAGGAACUGUGAUUAUGUUAAGAUAACGCUCAUUAUUUCAUGAAAAUUCCUUACACGUUCAUUUUAUAAUCAUAACUUUUUUUCAUUUUACAUUGAAAUCAUACCUGAUACCAUUUUGAAUAAUUUUAAUCGUCUCAUGUUUCUCAACCAUGCAUUGUUAACAUCAACACCCGACAUUAUUGCCCUUAGACCACUGCCUUGCAUUCAAGAUUGAAAAUGACUAUCUUUCUCAUCUCUUUUGAGAUAGAGCCAAAGGAGCCAAAGGAUGAUUAUUAAAUAUCAAUAAAAGUUUACCCAAAACGCAA